AUGAAUAAAAAACCAGAACAACCACGAAAGAAGCGGAUGCACCUAACCAUAAAAUCCAAGCAAGAAAUAUGCCAACGAAAACAGACUAAUCCAACCUUCACCAUUGACCAACUUUCUGAAAAAUAUGGUUGCGAAAGAAGCACAGUUUCAAAAAUUUUGAAAACGAAGGACGAGUGGCUAUCUAUGCAACUGACGGAACACGAAGCAAAAAAAAUGACCAAUAGGCCAGCAAAGUUCAUACAAUUGGAAACUGCUUUAA